GUAGUCGUUAUUGUCAAGAAACGAAGAAUCCAAUAAAAUAAUAUUUUUGAGGACUGAGUUAUAAUGAAUCCCGAGGUGCCAUCACUGCAGAUAAUUCGAAGACCAUUUAUAAUUAAAGGAAACACUAAUUUUAUAACGAGUGGCAGAGCGAUGAGUGCUACUGAAUGGACUGAACUAGUAAAUGAUAACGAAAUACGUUUAACAAAUGAUGGGAAAGAUUUUAUUUUAGGAUAUGGUUGUUAUGAAAAUAGAAUUAUUGUACUUGGAACAAAAGAAUUUUUACGAAAAUUGUGUUCUACGGACACAGUAUAUAUGAAUAGCUACAGUAUUAAAUUGGAAUUUAAAUUAUUCCGGUAUUUAUUUAUUUUGCAUUGCUUUGUUGGCGAAAAAAUUGUACCAAUGGUGUACGCACUGUUAUUUAAUAAUAAUAAGAAAGCAUACUUGAGAAUGUUACAAAUCAUUAAAGAUACUUCUCAUAACAAUAAUUUGGAGUUUAAUCCUAGUAAUUUUUACAUUGAUGUGGAUAUAAAUAUCAUACCAACUAUUAAAGAAAUGUUUGGGUUACAUAAGAAAACCAUUAAAUUAUCUUUGUACUACUAUGCAAAUAUCAUAUGGCAUAAAGUUAUUUGCUUAGGGCUAUCACAAAGUAGCGAUUGUAACAUAAUAAAAACAAUACGGCGUAUGUGUUGUCUUGCUUUGGUCCCCGUGGAACAAAUCGGAGAAAUUUGGACUCAAAUUAAAAAUGAAGCACCUCAGAACGAAAAUUUAUUGGAACUCAUAAACUAUAUUACUGACACAUUUAUAAUUUCGAAUGGAGGUCUGUUAAAUAAAAUCGUAUGGAAUCAUUAUGACACGGAUGACAUAAAAACUAUAAACCACCUAGAGGGAUUUGAUGAUUUUACUAACAAAGACAUUAAUAAUUCGAAUUUAAGUACAAAAAAGUGCAUUAUUAAAUUGAAAGAUAUGCAACAAAACUUUGAGAUUGACAUUACAACUCCAGGAAAAUCCAAUUUAGACUUAAUGAUUCCCAAAAAAUACAAGAUCUUUGAAGAAAAAUUCAACAAUGCAAAAGAACGGUUUGAAAAUGGAACAAUUUCUGCAAUACAAUACCUGGAUGAAUUAAUUUAAAAAAAAUUGUCCAAAUUGAAAACAAGAGGAGUAGCUAACUAUUCAACUAAGUUGUAUUAAAACAUUAAUCAUUAAGAGGACGUCAUAUUCGCUUAAUCAUCUUAAUAUAUUGACUAUCAUUGUAUUAUUUUUUAACAUUGCGGUGUGUGUGUUUGAA